CCUCAGUAAUCCGCUUGGUGAUACAGGCCCUAGGGUUGGGAAACCCGUUAUUUAGCAGGAGGCAUCAAUGUGUUUGUAGGAUCACCCACUGAACUGUAUAAGAACUUAGGAAUCACCCAAGCUCAAGAAGAAACCGGAAAUCGGAAGUGUGCUUCCACCCUCUUCAAAGUUUGUAAACAGUAAUGACGUAGGAAGAUGCGUGCGCAUUUUUGCGACAGGAAGCACGCUGAGUGACCGUGCGGAGCUGCUAAACUUCCAAGACCGGGCAAAUUAUCAAACCCUACCAACCGACGAAAAUCUUCCAGUUCCCUGCGUUAUAUAUUUUUCUAUAUAACCGACUGGGGUGUUUCCAUAUCACGUUUACUGGGACACGGGAUGUACAACAGUGCACGUGUGCUGUCAGCGGGCCGGGCUGUGCUCGAGCUCCUACAGUCAGACUGGGAGCCACUAUCUCAUAGGGAGCUUGAGUGGCGCCUGGAUCAGGCAGUGGAGGACAUUCUUGAGACCGAACUGAUUGAAAAAGCAAGAACCUUGGUUGGGCCAACUUGUCCACAGCAGCUUCCAGUUUCGACACCACCAGAAUAUUCUGAGAUGCCUCAACAGUCAAAGCUGGGAGCUGACAAUGUGAAUGAGAAUGACUCAAUUCAGUACAUCAAAGACCUUCUCCAGAACUCAGACUGCGGUUACAAUAGAAGUCGACGACCAGGCCGGCCCCGCCUUUCCCUCAACCACACUGUCCUACUUUCCCUAGCUCUCCUCUCCAGUCGUCUCAGCUAUCGAUCGGUAUCUGCUCGCUUCCGUGUGGAAAAAGGGAAUAUUCAUCGCAUUUUCUUCUCGUUUUGUGACCGUGUGAACGCACUGGAAAACCAACACAUCAGAUGGCUAACUGGUCAAGAGGCAGAGCAGAACCUGCAACCAUUUUCUGGCUUACUAGGAGAAAAGGAUCUCCCCAGGGUUUUUGGCAUCUUGGGGAGCACUCGCAUACCUCUCCGGGGCCCCGUUGGGAAACAAGAAAUAGAGGGAGAAGAAGAAAGAGUUUUGGAAAAAGAAACCCAUCUGGACUCCUGGCUGAACCUGGAGCUUGUAUGUGACAGCCAAGGCAAGUUCAUGCAUUGUCGGAUCAGCAAGGGUUCAGAUAGUGACAAAGCCAGCAGCCUGAAGGAGAGACUCAAACAGCAACCUGAAAUGUUGCCCCGGGAUUCUUACUUAAUAGCCAGGCUGGGUUACCCUCUCUCUGGCCAAAUACUGACACCAUAUCCAACAGCUGGUUGCCCAAGGGAAAAAUUUUACAAUCAGUCCCUAGAAGCUCAUUUGGAUGUGUUUGACCAGGCUACUGCUGAACUCAAAAGUAGGUUCCAAAGGCUAAAGUAUCUGGACAUGGUAAAUUUUGAUAGGGCAAAGGCUGUUGUGCUGACAGCCUGUAUACUACAUAACAUGUUCUUGGAAGGAGGAGACCGAUUUCCUGCAAAAGCUAAGAGGGAAAUGCAAAAAGAGGCAGAGGGAGAAAUAGAAGAGGACGGGGUAAGGAAGAGAGAGGCCAUUGCAGAUUUACUGUAUAUACAAAUGAAAAAAAGUGAAUAUGCUGAGCAGUUAUAACGUGUGGAUCAGAGAGAAUGGAGUGAGAUACUGAGUUUCAGCACAUCUACUGGAGGGGCUGCAGUGAUGGAGAAAUCGAUUUACUUGAAUAAAGUGAAUUAGUCUGAAUUACUGACACUUCAAGCAUUCUUUCCAUUGUGAUAAGCUGGUCGUUUAACCUACUGCUUUUUCUUUUUGUAAUUUAUUUAAAACAAAAGACAGUUUCUGUUUGUUUGGGUUACAUUCUAUACCUCAGUCUCAAUAAACAAUUUCUUUAAAAA